CUUGUUUUUGUCGUGAGAGCCCGUGCGACGCCACGACACACGGAAACAUCUAAGCUCGCAACACGGCACAACAAAAAGGCGGACGGCUGUGGAGGUCGUGCAUGUGGAAGUGAGCGUGAUUGCGGUAGUUGUGAUGUGAACGGGGUUGUUGUUGUGUCUUCUUCUUUGUUCUCACAACAGCUGACUGAUACACAAGAUGAAGGGAGGAAAGGCAGCAAUGAGGCUGCACUCACACUUGAUGAUGCAAGCGCGCAACGCUGCCUCAUGUGGCCACGGGCACACCCACAAGCACUGGUUUGGUGGUGCACUCCCCAUUGCACGUCACCAACACACCAUCAGCUGCCGCUGCGACAUGGCACACCUCCGGCAGAACGCAGCGUUUUCAACCGCCACAAUUGCUUGGCGUGCGCGACCUCCAAGUGCACCUGCAGACGGCAACGACAAAGCCUCGACAACAAGACCCGGUCGCAGAAGGGCCCGCAGCAAGAAUGGCGGCAUGCCUGACAGCGACCCCAUCACCACAGCUGGCGGCGUGAAGCUACCACAGAUACCCGCACACAUGCAGCAACCUGAGUUUGCAAAAGCCAUGCUGGCACUGGCAAACCAAGAAGAGGAGGAGGAGGAAAAGAAGACAGCUGAACUCGAGCACAAAGCGCGCAAGGCAGACCAGCAGGCGCCGGGCUUGGCGGAUCCAAGUGCAGGCCACGACCCAGCCAACAGCGGCACCCAGGGUCCCAGCGCGGUUGAAGCUGAUCGGGCGGGCACAGCCAACACAACUACACAGCAACAAAUGAAGGAGAAGCAGCGGAGGAUCCAAACAGGGGAGGAGCAAUCUGCAGGCGAACUUGAUGGUGACAAUGAUGCUUCCCACAGCCAGCCAGUAAACGUGGUUCCAGUGUGUGAUCGUCGCAUACCACUCGUCAUCAACUCUGCGCAAGACAUUCCAACGCCACCAGAAGGGCCCCUCUCCUCCAUACCGUUACCGGACAUUCCCGCCAUCCUCAAGUCGUUCCAGAUGCGGAAUAACAGCAAAGCCAACCGACCCCAUACGGCAAGCCUGCGUCGCUUUGCCAUCACAAACUACGGCAUUGCAGAUGCGUUUGCAAGUCUCAUUCCUGGACUGGAUAAGCUGCAUAUCGUGGAAUCAAACCCAUACACGAUGCUGUUUACUCGGGCUCUGCUGAACCACGGUGCCAAGUCCGUCACAAUUGUUACAAACACAGGCGACCGUCAGAACAAACACCUCCACCCACAAGUCCAUGCAUUCCAGGAAGCGCUGGGCGAGAAACGCGUGAAACUCGUCCACGGCGAUAUGCAGAAGCUGGAUCUUCCAGAUGGCUGCCCCCCAAGCGAAGUUCUGUUCGACGACUUCCCUUCCCGCCAGUGGCUCGUUCGCUCUUCGUUUGCUCUUGCCGGACAGACCAAUGCGGUGUCUGGAUCUGUCUUCAUCUUCAACCUGUUGUACAAGGUGGCGAUGCGGUCCGGCCCGUUUCAUUGGGGGAGGACUGCCAUGUACUUCACGCUGCCACGAUACCUGACGCAACACAUCUUCUCCACCGGGUCGCGGCUGGGAGUGCUGGCGCAGGUGCUGUGUCACGUUAACGAGCUCGCCGCCGUCUCCCGCGACCUCUUCAGUCCCCGACUCAAGUGCACAGAGGGUCCCGGCGCCAUCACCGUCCACUUUGUUGAACUCAUUCCACGCUACUCUCCACUCAUACCGAAUUACGAGACGUUUGUUGUUCUGGAUUUUCUUCUUAGACACCUGACAAUGACUGCAAAGACCAUUGGAAAAGCAAUGAGGGGUCUUGGGCCGCAGUUCACGCCCCUCUUUGCGAUGACGAACAUCAACCCCGAAACGCCGCUGAAGAAAAUGAAGGUGACGCAAUAUGUGGACCUUGCUGUUGCGUUACACCAGUGGGAGGACAGGCCAAUCUCUGCGCAGGCGGCUGUUGUUGGCGGCGACGGCGCAACGUGGUAG